AUGAUUCCACUUUGGUUGCAACGUGUGCUAGCUUAUCCGACAAAAUUCUUCUUUCCACGUCUGGCUAAUAUGAUGCAUUCGAUGGCUCUGAACACUGGAGAACUUCGCGAAACCUACGCAGAUAUCGAAGACUAUCGGGGUGAUUUCGUAGUACUGAUGCAGGAAAAGAAGCUGGAUGCUCUCCUUUGCCCGCCUCAGGUGAUGACAGCGCCGAAGCAUCACGUGCCUGCUAAGUUGUUCGCGGCCUGCUGUUAUACAGCAGUUUUUAAUCUUCUUGACUUUGCAGCAGGAGUAGUCAAAGUUACGGAAGUGACGGCAGAGGAUGAUCGCAGAUUGAUUGAUGAGUAUCCUGAAACGGACCCGUGGUACAGAUUAACCAAGGAGUCUUGCAAAGUACGUUGCAUUGGCUAUCCAGUCAACGUUCAAGUAGCGGCUCCGCCAUACAAGGAAGAAGCUGCGUUGCGCAUCCUUCGAGAUAUCGAAUUAGCUGUCCGAGGGAAGUAA